CUGAUGCUGCUGCUGCUGCUGCUGCUGGAUAGAUGUAAAUAAGAAUGGCGAGGACAGCGGCUCCAACAUGGCGCUUUAUCUCAGCUUGACGUCGCUCCGUUUUAUGGCGCCGGCGGGAAAUCGCAAAACGCCUCAUAUUUCUCCCUUUUGAAUCCGAAUCUGCCUUGACAGCCUGAUGGUUUUCAUUUGACACGGGAUCCGACUCGGACGGCCGGCUUCUUCUAAUAAACACUCGGGAAAAAACGGGUCAUUAUGACCAUAGUAUCCUCCAGUAAAAGAAAACCAUCGGAUUGCUUUUACGCGGCGGCGGUUUGUUUGCAUUUUUUGCUUUGGAUUUCGUGCGGCGCGUCCGGAGAGGAGGAGGAUCAUCCGUUCAGCGUUGAGGGAUGGCUACAAAGGUAUGGUUACCUUCCCCGCACAGAACCGGCAAUGUCUGUCCUGCACUCAGCCCAAACUAUGCACUUGGCCAUUGCUGCUAUGCAGCGUGUCUACGGGCUCAAUGUCACAGGGACACUGGAUGAGAAAACCAAGGAUUGGAUGCAAAGGCCGCGCUGUGGCGUUCCAGACAACGGCUCAAGGUCACGGAAGAGGAGGUAUGCGCUGACAGGACAAAAGUGGCAGCGCACACACAUCACUUACAGCAUAAAAAAUGUCACACCAAAGGUGGGCGCUCGGGAGACUCACGAUGCCAUUCGCCGGGCAUUUGGUUGGCAGGGCGUGACCCCCCUACGCUUUGAGGCCGUUCCCUACAGCGCCUUGGAGACUGGCAGGCGGGAUGUGGACAUCACCAUCAUCUUUGCUUCGGGUUUCCAUGGUGACAGCUCCCCCUUUGAUGGGGAGGGAGGAUUCCUCGCCCACGCCUAUUUCCCCGGCCCGGGCAUAGGAGGCGACACCCACUUUGACUCAGAUGAGCCGUGGACCCUGGGGAACCCAAACCAUGAUGGUAAUGACCUUUUCUUGGUUGCUGUUCAUGAGCUGGGUCACGCCCUCGGUCUGGAGCACUCAAAUGACCCAACUGCUAUCAUGGCUCCCUUCUAUCAGUACAUGGACACUGAGAACUUCAAACUACCUCAUGAUGACCUACAGGGUAUCCAGAAAAUCUAUGGUCCACCGGACAGAGCUCCACAGCCUACCAGGCCUCCACCAACAGUCCCUCCUCCACGCUUCCAACCACCUUCAGAUCCUCGCAAGCAUGACCGCCAUGUCAGACCCCAUCGCCCUCCACAGGGGGCCAAACCCUCCAACCCCAACUCCAAACCCAACAUCUGCGAUGGAGGCUUCAACACUUUGGCCAUCCUCCGACAGGAGCUUUUUGUAUUCAAGGACCAGUGGUUCUGGAGGGUACGAGAUAAUUCCGUAGUUCCUGGAUACCCCAUGCAGAUCAACUACUUCUGGAAAGGGUUACCUCCAAAAAUUGAUGCAGUGUAUGAAAACAGUGAGGGAAAGUUUGUCUUUUUCAAAGGAAAUCGUUUCUGGGUCUUCAAGGACACAACUUUGCAGCCUUCGUACCCUCAGGACAUCUCACUGUUUGGGAGUGGCAUGCCCACGCAGAGUAUCGAGACCGCUGUCUGGUGGGAGGAUGUCGCGAAAACCUAUUUCUUCAAAGGAGACAGAUACUGGAGGUACAAUGAGGACAUGAGGACCAUGGAUCCAGGUUAUCCAAAACCCAUCACCGUCUGGAAAGGCAUCCCCGACUCUCCACAGGGGGCUUUUGUGGAUAAGGCCAAUGGUUUUACUUACUUUUACAAGGGGAAGCAGUACUGGAAGUUCAACAACCAGCUGCUUCGCGUGGAGCCUGGCUACCCUCGGUCCAUCCUGAGGGACUUCAUGGGCUGUGACGGCCUUCCAGCAGACCCCGACUGGGACUGGAACCCCCCAGUGGCUGAGGAACGUCACUACGACAACGGCGAUGCAGAUAUUGUCAUUAAACUGGACAGCACAGGAGGUACAGAGAAAGCAGUGGCCAUCGCCAUCCCCUGCGUGUUGGCGUUGUGUAUGAUGGUCCUCCUCUAUACGGUUUUCCAGUUUCGGAGGAAGAGCACGCAGCGCCACAUACUGUACUGCAAGCGCUCCAUGCAGGAGUGGGUCUGAGGGACUGAUGCCACCAUGAAGAGAGAGCGGCAUGAAACUUUGAUUAAGAUCUAGCUUGAAUCCUCAAAUACUAUAAAGGGUAAAAUCUCCAAGCUGGCAGAUUGCAAAGCUCUGAUUUGAACCCACAACAUGCAAGAUGAAGUGAAAGGAGCAAUGAGGGAGUUUCUCUCUGUUGUCCAACUUAUACGUAUGUAUAAACAUUUUUCUGUAUCUUGCAACAAACUCAGUUAAGUGAGACAAAACUGAACUGAACUCCUCCAUGUGGAACCUUUGUUUAUCCCCGUUUCUGCACGCCUCUUAAAAAGCCCCCAGCAUUAACUUCAGCGGACAACUUUAACCUUUUAAUUCACUUCAUCAGAGCUGUGCUUUGUUUAUGUAUUUAUUUGUUUGUUUGUUUUUAAGCUUUUGGGCCCCCAUAAAAGAUCAUUCAUUGUGUGUGAGACUGAUACACAAACCAAAUAUGGCUUUUUCUUCCAAAGAGGAUUCCAGCUUGGUGUUUUUGUUUUUGGUGGAUAUCUUCCAUCUGUGGAUCAUCCUAAUGGUGUCACACUAUGAUUUUCUUGUAUGAUUCACACUGUAUCCACCCGUUUACAGAUUUGUGCAAUAUUUAAGUGAUAUUUUCAGAAUGUUGACAAAAGACAAUUGCAAAGUGAGUAAAAUUUUUUUCUGUCUCUUGGGUUUUGUUCUCUCGCUGUUACUGUCAUUCCAACAGUCAUGGCGAGAGAUGUGCAAGUCCUGCUAAAUAUGGGCAUUUUGCUGUUUUUUUUUUUUUAAUCUAAUGUUGCCAGUAUGUCAUCUUAUAAGGUUUAACAAGCUCUCUUCCUCUGU